GCAAAAAGGAGUUCAACACUAAAUCCUAGCUGAUAUUUUCCCCUGCUUUUGCUCGUUAGUUAGUUUACUUCAGAAGAUUUGAACUUUACCGAACUGAUAUAUACUUGUUAGCCCAACUCCCUUUGUUAUAGCUCUUUCUGCUAAAAGACCCAAAUGAGUCAUGACUCUGCUCUCUGAUAAGCUCCUUCAUCUCUCUGAAACUAUGUCUUCCACUACAUUAUCUCUGAAGCAAAUGCUCAUGAAGCCAACCUCAUUGUUUGGUGCCAAGUUAUGGGUUCUGCUUGUGACCUUCACUGUUCUAUUCACCCUUCUGGUGAUUGUCUUUGUCUUGGUGAUCUAUAUCAUCCGGUACCGCCGGCACCGGAAGUCCUACAAUUCCCAUUUGUGUGUACAAAAUCCCAUUGCUUCCAAAGCCCCUCACAUUGCUUAUGGUCACUCAUCUCUUGAUCGGAGGCUGCUUUCGCUUAACAUGUCCAAAAUUGAGAUGAACAAUGGGAAGGAGAGGCAAACUGUGCUCUCUGAUCAGCUGUCCUCUACUGGCGCCAGCGGGAUAACCCCCACUAGUACUAAGGUGAGUGAAUCGGAAUCUAGGUACUCUUCGGUGGUUAAAGAUGUGUGGAGGGGUGACAAGUUUACUCUAAGGGAACUUGAGGCAGCAACAAAUGGGUUUGGUAGAGAAAAUCUGAUUGGCAAUGGAGACUAUGGCAUUGUAUAUCACGGUAUUCUGUUUGAUAAUAUUCGUGUGGCGGUGAAGAGGCUUGUGAGUGACAGUUGCCAUGAGGAUGACUUCAUAGCAGAAAUGGAGGCGAUUGGGCAUGUGAGACACAAAAAUCUUGUCAAGAUGCUUGGAUACAGAAUCGAAAGAGCUUACAGAUUGCUUGUGCAUGAGUAUGUAGAUAACAAAAGUCUGCACCAUUGGCUUCAUGAAUGUUCAAGAAGUGUCAGCCCUCUAACAUGGGAUAUUCGGAUGAAAAUAAUCCAUGGAAUAGCAAAAGGAUUGGCCUACCUUCAUGAGGAUAUUGAACCAAAAAUUUUCCAUAGAAGCCUAAUAUCUAGCAAUGUACUGCUUGGUCACCAAUGGGAUCCUAAGAUUUCUGAUUUUGGCCUUGCUAAGCUAUACAGUCCGGCGUGGGGAAUCACCAUAAUGGAAUCGUUAGGUUAUGUUGCCCCAGAAUAUGCUGCCACUGGUGAUUUUAAUGAGAAGUCGGAUGUUUAUAGCUUCGGAGUGUUGAUUAUGGAGAUAAUUUCUGGCAGGACUCCUAUUGACCGCACUCAACACCAACCAUAUCUGGUAGACUGGUUAAAGUCCAUGGUUGCCAGUCAAAGAACUGCUUAUGUAGUUGAUCCUAAAUUACCAGAGAAGCCAUCUUCAAAAGAACUCAAAAGGGUUCUUCUGGUUGCUCUUCGUUGCGCUGAUCCUGAUUUAGAAGAUAGGCCUAGAAUGGGAGAAGUUCUUCACAUGCUUGAGCCCCGCGACUUGCUAAUGCUCGACGAUCGAUGGCUUAAGAGAUCGAGAGACUGCUCAUCAUCUUUGCCUACAAGAGAGCUUCUGCAAGAACGAUGAAGGUGCAUUAAGGAAAGCAGCAGUAAUCCCACUACAAGCUACGAGAAACUGCAUUGUAGUUCAAUAACUAAUAAUCUAUCAACCAACUCAAUGAGAGUUUUCAUCGUUCAUCAAUGUAUAUGUUGGUCAAUUUGAAACAAGUUAUGUUACUCCUACGUACCCGGCCAUUAAUCUAUGCAGUUGAGGUCUUCCUAGCUAGCUAGAACAUUUUACAAGUACAGACUCAAUUUUCUAUGUCAAAUGGUAUUGGUAAGUAAUAUCUAAUUCAUC